GCGUAUUCUCUCAUCAAGGUAAAUAAAGCACCCAGAGAGCCCGCUACGGCCCCAGCUCCUCUUCACACUGAAGAGACGAGAGCAGCAGCAUCAGCCGGUAUGGGGUGCGACUGUCUGGCAGACAGCGUCUGCACAGCCACUUCCACGAGUUGUCAAGAUUGGAUUACCUAUAUCGACGUUUUUUUCCCGGACCUGCAGCUCCUCGGCAGCGGCUUCACUGCUGUUCUGGCCGUCUCUGGUUUUUCUUUCUACAUGUUGACCCACGGAAUGCUCUCUCUGUGGAGCGGCGUCAGCUUUAUUGUUGGAACCCUCCGUGGAAUAUUCAAAGUAGUUACUUGGUCAUCUAAACUUUGGCGUUUCUUUACUGGGGUAAACAAGGGCCACUCCUCCUCCUCCACAAUCAGCGGGUCAUUGAGCCUCAACGACCCAGGCCUGAGGCUCCUCCUAGUGGGGCCCUCUGGCGCCGGGCGUACCCAGCUGGUGGACGCCUUUCUGGGCUGCACUGAGGACCGGGCCCCCUGGUCGUCUCCCUCGGGCGCCUUGACGGAGAGCGUCCGGCGGCGGGCGCUCGUGGACGGACAGGAGGUGACGGUGGUCGACACACCAGAUCUGCUGGGCCAACGUGGGGACGGUUGGAAAGCCAGGGAGGCCCUCAGGAGCCUGCAGCUGUCCACCCCGGGACCCCAUGCGGUGCUGCUGGUGAUCCGGGUCCCGGGCGCUGCAGGAUGUGUGGACCAGGACGCUGCUCUGGCCGUCAGGGCCACCCUGGCUCUGUUUGGAGCGGGCGUGGCGGGGCACGUCUUCACCGUGUUUACCCACGCCGACAGCCUGGCCCCGGGGCAGACGCUGGCCACGCUGCUGGGGGGCGACGCCGGGGGACUCAGGGCCGCUCUCUCUGUCUGUGGCCUGAGGGCCGAGCUGGUGGACAACGGUGCGCACUGCCCCCCGGAGGACCGGAGGAGGAUGUGCAUGCGGCUGUUGGAGCGACUGGAGGAGAUGAGGGCACUCAGUGGCCACUUCGUCCAUGAGCUUCACGUGAGAGAAGAGCGCAUGAAGGAAGAACUGCUCGCCGAUAUGAGCUCUGAGCUGGCGGGGAAACUAGGGAGCAUGUAAACUGUGUGUGUGUGUGUGUGUGUGUGUGUGUGUGUGUGUGUGUGUGUGUGUGUGUGUGUGUGUGUGUGUGUGUGUGUGUGUGUGUGUGAAAAUGGAAUUUACCCAAGAUUCACUUGGGUAAUUUUAGGAGGAACAUUUUACUUUCUUCUUUAAAGGUGCAGUUUGUAGGAUUUGGUGGCAUGUAGCAAAGAGGUUUAAUUGUUUAAAUUGUAUUAAUUGAAUUAGUCUGUUAAAAUUAUAGAUCAUAGCUUACAAAUAAAAUAUUGAUCUUAAGAUAAGAUAGCAUCCAUUCCAGAGCUGUUUGUCUGUCCUGGGCAACUGUAGAAAACAUUAAAUGUGACAUGGAAAGAAACAAAGAGUUCCUGGUUUGCCAGCAUUCUUUAUUAUUAUUGGAUGUGAUUUUAUUGGCAACAUAAUAAAAAUCAUGAUAAACCAG